CUCCACGCGCGCGGAGGUGCACAGCAGGCGCGUAUCUUGUGCAAAUAGCCUUUUCACAGAACAUAAUGAUUAAUUCGUUAUUUUAAUUUACAUUGGUGGGGACGAUGGACGCAGAAAGGUCAGAAACAAUUAAAGCUCGGCUGAAAACGUUGCAGGAACUCACUGAAUUCACAGAAAACUGCAAAGCAAAGCUGAAAGAGUUGUUGGACACGUUUGGAUGGGACCAAGAGAAUGAAAACAAUAGCAAGGAGGCGGUGGCAGUAUGUCCUUUCGACCCAAACCACCGUAUUCCAACGAGAAGCAUGGAAACACACAAAAUAAUAUGCCAGCUUAGCCAGAUGGGCUAUUCGAAAGAGGAACAGGCUGAGCUGCUGAACCCUUCAUUCUGCUACGAGAGAGCCAGCAUUCCUGGUGUGAUUAUAGAUAAAAACACGCAGCAUGAAGUCAUUCGGAGCACAAGAGCAAAAGCCCCUCUUGUGAAAAUGGAGGGACAAUACAGCCAAGGUGAUUUCUCCAAGGAUGCCGUCGAUGUCCCUCAGAGCCACAAGAGGGCGCUGUGUGACCUCACUGCUGCCGACCGAUUGGCUCUUUAUGAUCACAUGGUCCAGGAGACCCAGAGCCAGCUGAGGGCUGAUGCAGAGGGGGCGGCCACAGGCAACGAGGACCUCUAUGUGGACCUGGUGGCCAAGCUCAAGAAAGAUGAUGGUCAGAGCGGUCCCAAGUCUCACCUGGAGGUCCUGGCCGAGAUGAGGGACUACAAGAGGCGGCGGCAGUCGUACCGCGCCAAAAACGUCCACAUCACCAAGAAGUCCUACACCGAGGUGAUCCGGGAGGUGAUCGACGUGCACUCUGAGGAGCUGUCUAAGCUGUGGCAGGAGGAGGAGCCGGAAGAGGAGCAGGAGGAGGAGCGGGAGCAGAGGGCGGCCAGAGCCUCCAGACACUCCUCCCACAGUAGGGCGCGGAGACGGACUGAGGAGCGGCGUUCCAGCUCCGUGGAGUCACGGCGGUCUCAGGCCAGCUCCAGAGGCAGGGAGAGGGACAGCAGCCACCGCCACGGCCACAGCUCUCGACGUAAACGCCAGCGCAGCCGAGACAGAAGCCGGGAGCACAGCCGAGAGAGAAGCCAGGAGCGCAGCCGAGACAGAAGCCGUGAGCGCAGCCCAGAAAGAAGCCGUGAAGAAAACCAAGACCAGACCCACGUGGAGGUGAAGUUGGAGGAGCAGGAACAGCAGCAGCAGCAGCAGCAGGAGGAGGAGGAGGAGGAGGAGAAGGAGGAAGGGGAGGAGCUGGAGGAGGAGGAUGGCAAGGGUACAAGGGACUCGCACUCCCCAGAUGAACGGCGGCGGCGGCAUCAUCAUCAUAAGAAGAAGAAGAAAAAAAAGAAGAAGAAAGAGUAACUAAAUGAGAAGAAGAAAAAGAAGAAAGAGUAACUAAAAGAGAAGAAGAAGAAGGAGAAAGAGUAACUAAAAGAGAAGGAAAAGAAGAAGAAAGUGUAACUCCUUUGUUGCCUCUUCACCUGUAGCUCCUCCUGUCGUUGUCUAGAUGAGUUCUUUCCAUUAUCCAAACUCCCGUCCUCUAGAGUACAGUACAGUACAGUACAGUACAGUGGAGUACAGUACAGUACAGUACAGUACAGUGGAGUACAGUAGAGUGGAAUAGAGUAGAGUACAGUAGAGUACAGUAGAAUACAGUAGUGUA